GGAACGAAGCUUGGUAUCGAGAUCCAUAUGCUGGGUCUCGUCGGACGCUCGUCGGUGCGAAAGCCCUCCUUCAUCCCUCGCUCCCAAUCCCCUUCCAGACCCCAAAAUCAUCAUCGGAUCGAUCAGUAAAACAGAGAUCUUGAUCGGUUUCCUUCUCUCCCAGUCGCUGGGAAGAUGGCGUGGCUGGGAAAGGUCUCGCUCGGGGGCUUCUCCGAUCUCGCUGGAGCUGUCAACAAGCUCAGCGAGAGCGUCAAGAACAUUGAGAAGAAUUUCGAUAGCGCUCUUGGCCUGGAGGAGAAGCCUGACUCCGGAGAAGGCCAUUCAGACUCAGGAAUAUGGGCAUCAACAACAGAAAGAAGUGCACUUUUCGAUCCAGUUAUGGCAUUCAUGGGACAUAAAGAAGACACCUCUGCAGUUGAAGCAGCAGGAAAACCAGAAUCUCCAGAACGUCCUUCAUCUGAUGAAAAACAUGAUAAGGUUCCUGAAGAAGGGUCAACUAAAUCUAUCUCUGAAACAGUUUCUCCUCUUGAUGAGGAAAAUACUGACUUUGAAAGCAAAAGGGAUUCCCAGACUGCUGGCAGCCCAUCAGUUGUAGCUGAAGAACAUGAUGAAGGAAAGACUGAAGCUGAUUCAAACUGUCCGCACUCUGAAACAGAUGGCCCCGCCACGAGCAAUAAUGAAAGACCUACAUAUGUUGCAGCUGAAGCACUACCUAAUGAGGGGAAAGAGGUGUCAGCUAGUGAUGAGCCAGAUCCAGAAAAAUCUGGUCAAACAACCGUGGAUGGUAUAGAGAAAAGCGAUAUUAAUGGCAUCAGUUUACCUGAUAGUUUGCCUCAGGAAAGUAAAUUGCAGGCGGACCUUGAGAAACAUGAGACAAAUGCUGAAAAGCUUGUUGAUAGUUCUGCAGAACCCACUGACAUGCCUCAUAACGUACCAGGUAGCAUGGAGGCAGACUCACUACUUAAAGUUGCAGUUAAUGUUUCCCCGGAUGAAAACAUGAAGGAACAUUCUAGUAAUUCAGUAAGCUAUGGGGAGGAUCAUGAUAAGUCCACUGGUUCCUGGUCCCACAGUAUGAAUUCAUCGAGUGAGUCACUAGAUGUAGGUUCUCAAGGGAAGGAAGUUGAUAACAGGGAGCAACCUAUGACUUCAACACAGCAUAUGCCAAAUUCUAUUGGUUCCUUAGAAGAAUUUGAGAAGCUAAAGAAGGAUAAGAAAUUGAUGGAAGCUGCAUUGCAUGGAGCUGCUAGGCAAGCCCAGGCGAAGGCUGAUGAAAUUGCAAGGCUGAUGAAUGAAAAUGAGCAGUUGAGGACUACUAUUGAGGAUCUGAAGAAAAGGACCACUGAAGCUGAGAUAGAUGCACUGCGAGAUGAGUACCAUCAAAGAGUAGCAUCUCUUGAAAGAAAGGUUUAUGCUCUCACAAAGGAAAGGGAUGCGCUGAAGAAAGAACAAAGUAAGAAGAGUGAUGUUGCUGUUCUUUUGAAAGAAAAAGAUGAGAUUAUCACUCAAGUAAUGGCAGAAGGUGAAGAACUAUCAAAGAAGCAAGCUGUCCAAGAGUCGACUAUCAGGAAACUGAGAGCACAGAUUAGAGAGAUUGAGGAGGAGAAGCAAAGGCUUAACUCCAGGAUUCAGGUUGAAGAGACAAAAGUGGAGAGUAUCAAGAGAGAUAAAGCAGCCACUGAAAAGUUGUUGCAAGAGACAAUAGAGAAAAAUCAAGCAGAACUUGCUGCUCAAAAGGAAUUCUACACUAAUGCUCUAAAUGCAGCAAAAGAAGCUGAAGCCUUAGCUGAGUCCCGAGCUAAUAAUGAAGCUAGAAUUGAACUCGAGCGUCGUUUGAGAGAAGCUGAUGAACGUGAGUCUAUGCUUGUUCAAUCACUUGAGGAGUUGAGGCAAACCCUAAGUAGAACAGAGCAACAAGCCGUUUUCAGGGAAGACAUGCUCCGAAGAGAUUUAGAUGAUCUUCAAAAACGCUAUCAAGCAAGUGAACUUCGGUAUAAUGAGUUGGUUGCUCAAGUUCCUGAAUCAACUAGGCCACUAUUGAGGCAGAUUGAAGCAAUGCAGGAGACUGCUGCUAGAAGGGCAGAAGCUUGGGCAGGUGUUGAGAGAUCUUUAAACUCCCGGCUUCAGGAGGCAGAAGCCAAAGCUGCAGCUGCAGAAGAACGGGAGAGAUCUAUGAAUGAGCGCCUAUCACAAGCUUUAUCUCGGAUGUCUGUUUUGGAAACACAGAUUACUUGCCUUAGAACAGAGCAAACACAGCUGAGUCGAUCACUUGAGAAGGAGAGGCAGAGGGCUUCCGAAAAUAGACAAGAAUAUCUGGUUGCAAUGGAGGAAGCUGCAACUCAAGAGGGGCGUGCGAAGCAACUUGAAGAAGAGAUAAAAGAGCUUAGGAAUAAAUACAAAAAAGAAUUGCAAGAAGAAAUAGCAAGUAGAGUAAUUGUAGAAAAGGAAUUGGAAAAGGAAAGGGCACUCAGAACAGAAUUGGAAAAGGCUGCACUUCAGGAACCCAUUGUUGUGGGAGAUCAAGGAAAUGCCCCUACAAGGAAACUUCCCACUGCUCGGAGUUUGGGAGUCAUUGAGGAAAGUCAUUACUUGCAAGCUUCUCUGGACUCGACUGACAUUUUAUCUGAGAGAAGAGGUUCUGGGGAAGCAAUCAUGUCCCCUUAUUUUCUUAAAAGCAUGACACCUAGUUCAUUUGAAGCAGCACUUAGACAAAAGGAUGGUGAACUUCAGUCAUAUGUUUCACGUUUGAACUCAUUGGAAUCUACUCGUGAUUCUCUUGCUGAGGAGCUAGUUAAAAUGACCGCCCAGUGUGAGAAGUUAAGGUCAGAGGCAACGAUUCUCCCUGGCAUUCGAGCGGAACUAGAAGCCUUGAGACGAAGACACUCUUCUGCACUGGAGCUUAUGGGUGAACGUGAUGAAGAGUUGGAAGAACUGCGUGCUGAUAUAAUUGACUUAAAGGAGAUGUACAGAGAGCAAGUAGACUUGCUUGUAAACAAGAUUCAGACGUUGGGUGCUUCAUUGGGUGCAGCUUAACCGGAGAGUUGGUGCAUUUUCCCAAUCAAGAAAUAUUGCCAUCAUGAGUGCCUUUGUAAGUUUACUUGCGGAAUGUGUUAUCCCCCAUAAGAAGACGUUUGCCCAUCCACUGAAGGUUUUUACUUGCCAGCAGGGUGGUUUGUUGUAAGGCGUUUCUGGAAGAGAGAAUAUGUAGCCUUAUUGUUUUGUCUUUGUUUAUUGAGUGGCACAAGAUUUUCUUCUAUGCUGCAUAUAAGGUCAAUUGGUUUAUUUGGGAUUCUGUACAUGCAAAGGUUUAGAUUGAUAUAUAUAAUUUUGAUGUAACGUUGAACGAAUAUUUUCAGCAUUUAUCCAAAUGAGUUGUUUGAAGUU